ACACCCUUUUUUGACAAAUGUAAACAUGACAAGAAAACUAUUCACGGAAUCAAAGAAAGUGUAAUUUAAUUAACUUACAUGCUGUCAUAGUAAUAAUAAUAACACAAGCUUAAUAAAAGAGAGGGUGCAGGAGAGUUUCACAGAAAAAGCACAGAAAAUCCGUGUCUCUAAACGGAUACAAAUGGAAAAUCUGUGCCGACUUUGUCUGAAAAUGAGCACACAGCUCGAAAACCUGUGGAAUAUACACAAUGGAAUGCAAAUAGCCAACUUAGUUACGAGUAUAUGCUUGAUAAAACUUGAUAGAUCAGACAACAAUAAACCAAAUGGAAUUUGUAAAUCGUGCUUAGAUAUUGUACAUGAAGCAUAUAAUUUGAGAACAUUAGCAUUAUUUAAUGAUGAAAAUUUCAAUUUUGAAACUGAUGUUUUUGCAACAAUUAAAAAGGAAGUUUUCGAUGAGAACGACGACGAUGAAAAUUCAAACUUCUUUGAUAAUGACAAUGGUAAUAUUUUUGUACAAACAGAGUUAAAAACAGAAGGUGCAACUGACUUUGGAGAGUCAGAAAUUGAGGAUUAUUCAUACGAACAAAAGCCAUUAAAAUCAAAACGAGGAAGAAAAGCUACUAAAUCGUCGGUGACAAGGGAUUACUCAAAGAGAAUCCGAACAUGUCGAUGGUGUACACAGCAAUAUAAAGGAUAUCAAACAUUAAGACGGCAUGAAGCAACUUGUCAUCCAAUAGAAUAUGAACAAGAAUUGGAGAUUAAACUAGCUCGCAAUAUGGGAUGUUCCUUCUGUUUUUCACGAUUCUAUGCUACAAAAGAUAUGAACUUUCAUAUUAGAACUGUUCAUGGAAUUGAUUGUGAUCUUAUAUCGUACUUUUGUGAACAUUGUUCCUUUUCAUCGAAUCAAAAAAGCAAACUCGAAACGCAUAUUAAGACAAUUCAUUUUGGUAUCGCUGAAAAGACAUAUCAAUGUCGAUAUUGUGCUGUAACCUGUGUCAGUCAACAGAAUUUAAGGAAGCAUCUUGCCAACAAACACAAACUUUUAGAUCCAAACAUUUUAUAUUGCGAUAGAUGCAAAUUUACAAGUAAAGUUAAAGCUAAAAUUAGUUUACAUAUGCAGCGAGUUCAUCUUAAAUCAGUUGAUGACUUCCUGUGUAGCUCAUGUGAUGUCGUGUGUCAAAAUAAAAAGGAACGUGAUCUCCAUCAUUUCGCUCAUUCUGAUAUUGUUGAGAAUUUAGAUCAGUCAAAGGAAAUUUUAGUUUGUACAAUUUGUCGUGAACAGUUUUGUGAUAGAAAUGAGCUAUUAAAUCAUUUAGAAAGUCACAGAAAUGAUGUUGAAUUCACCACAACUCCCUGCGUUUUAUGCUACAAGCCAGUAUCUGGUUAUCAGCAUCUUCUCGACCACACAAAAGAGUUUCAUGCAACAAAAAAUCGGUACAAAUGUCGUGAAUGUGGUCGAUGUUAUGCUUAUGGCUUAAAAUUCUUAAUGCACAUACAAAACCACAAAAAUUCAGGCCAGACUCAUUUAUGUCCAGAAUGCGGUCAGAGCUUCAGAACUGUAUGUUUGUUAAACAAGCAUAUUCGAAUUGAUCACCGACAAAUACUCAAGUGUCCGCACUGUCCGAAUAAAGUCUACAAGUCACUGGUUGCAUUCAGAUUUCACGUUGAGAGCCAUACAAAUUCCUGCAAAUAUAAAUGUGAUUUGUGUCCGAAAAGCUUCAGUGUCUACAAUAGGUUCAAGCAUCAUUAUGCAUUCCAUCUUAAUCGUACUAUUAAUCAGUGCUCAAUCUGUCAAAAGUGCUUCGAAAAGCCAGAAACAUUAAAAACACAUUUAAAGAGACACAAUGGCACGUUACCUCGAAACUUUCCUUGUGGCUUCUGCGAGAAGCGAUUUGCAUCACGAUGGGCACAAGAAAAUCACGAGCGAUCUCACACAAAAGAGAAACCUUAUGGCUGCAAAUAUUGUUCAUCUCAGUAUUCACAAAAAGGCGAUUUAGUAAAACAUUUAGCAAAAGUACAUAUAGGAGAAAACGUAUACGAAUGCGACAAAUGUCCAGAAUCCUUCCGCUUGCUGAAAGAUUUAAAAUUCCACACAAUGACCAUCCAUGCACUUCCCACUUAAAAUCAUCUUUUUUAUUCAUAUUAUUAUUAUUACUUUUUUUAUUAUUGAAUAAAUCUAUAAAUAUUCAAAUAAAAGAAAUUUCAUUUCAAAAAUUGAAUGAAUUUAUAAACGAAUAUCAUCAAAAUAAAAAGUUAAUAAUGUACUCUCGUUGGUUGAGUGAUAAAAAUACUAAAACAAUUUUUAAUUCAUUCCAUUAUUCUCACUUUUUCCUAAAUACAUCAAUCAUAACAUGCAACCAAGAAUUUUUAACUUCUAUUCGGGCCAUCUCAAAAAAAUAUUAAAUUUCAAUUCAAUUAGAUUUCAUGUAAUUAUUUUCAAAAGUGUCUAAUUUGUUUGUAAUAAAUGUUGCUUUAUUUCUCAACAGCUUUAUUUGCUUCUGAUUCACUUCGAGGACGUUGAGAGAUCCUUCAAUUUCCUUCAAUUCGCCAUUCAUCUCGCUCUGAGCAUUGUCAACAACUCGACACAAUCUUGCGAAUGUACUUGAAAGCUCUCUGCAAACAAAUAUUGAAGAUUAAUUAACUUUCAAGCUUAUUAAAAUAUAGAGUCAAUUACUGUUGGACUUGAUGGCUACAAUUGGCUGAUGUUAAGUCAACGAUAAGCUUCAAUUUUCUCGUUGCAUGCUUCACAUAUUGAUCCUUAAACUUCCUCUCUCUUGCCUUAUUUGUCCAUGAUAAACGUUCGUAUGCAUACACUGACAUGUAGAUUCCACCAAUAGCUACCAAUACUCUCCAUCCGAUUGUCUUGAAGAG